CCCAGUCCAUCAGAGCAAGCUCACCACGCCGGCGCACGCAUCGUGAGAAGAAAAGAAAAAGCUCGCUCGCUCUUUUGGGGGAGGAUCCAUUUUCCCCGCAUGCAUCACCAGCUCAAACCGCCCGAGGCCGCCACGCUCCCGCGCCACCUCCUUGAAGACCACGUCGUGUCGCUGGUCUGCCAAUGCCGCAGCCUCCGCGCGCUCCGCGGCGCCCACGCGCGCCUGCUCAGGCUCCGCCUCCCGCGCCUCACCUACGCCUUCGCGUUCUCCAAGCUGCUCGCCUCCUGCGCCGCCUCCGCCACGACCGCCGCGGCGGCCUCGUACGCGCGCAGCCUGUUCGACCAAAUCCCCGAGCCAACCGCCUUCUGCUACAACUCCCUCAUCCGCGCGCUCGCCACCCCCACCAACCCCACCGCGGACGCCUUCCUGCUCUACCGCCGCAUGCUGCGCGCGGGCUCCCCGCCCCCCAACAGCUUCACGGUCGCGUUCGCGCUCAAGGCGUGCGCCGCGGUGCCGGCUCUUGGUGAGGGCCUGCAGCUGCACUCGCAGGCCUUCCGCCAGGGGCUGGAACCGAGCCCCUACGUGCAGACCGGGCUGCUUAACCUCUAUGCCAGGUGUGAGGAGGUUGCGCUGGCCAGGAGCGUGUUUGAUGGCAUGGCCGAGGACAGAAAUCUGGUCGCGUGGAGCUCCAUGAUCGGCGGGUACUCCAGAGUGGGGAUGGUUAACGAAGCGUUGGACCUGUUUCGGGACAUGCAGGCUGCUGGGGUGCACCCAGAUGAGGUCACAAUGGUUAGUGUAAUCUCGGCAUGCACCAAGGCGGGCGCUCUUGAUUUGGGCAGGUGGGUGCAUGCUUUUAUAGACAGGAAGGGGAUCACGGUCGAUCUUGAGCUGAGCACCGCGUUGAUUGACAUGUAUGCAAAGUGCGGUCUGAUAGAGCGGGCAAGGUUGGUUUUUGAUGCGAUGGUGGAGAGGGAUACCAAGGCAUGGAGUGCAAUGAUAGUUGGACUGGCGAUGCAUGGGCUUGCAGAGGAUGCGUUGGGCCUUUUCUCAAGAAUGCUCCAGCUUAAGAUUAGACCCAAUAAUGUCACCUUUAUAGGUGUGUUGUCAGCCUGUGCUCACAAUGGGUUAGUUGAUGAUGGCCGGCGAUAUUGGUCUACUAUGCAAGAAAUGGGAAUUAAAGCUUCAAUGGAGAACUAUGGUUGCAUGGUUGACCUUCUCUGCCGUUCUGGCCUUUUGGAUGAAGCUUAUUCAUUUGUUACAGGCAUGCCCAUCUUACCAAAUUCAGUAAUUUGGAGGAAUCUUCUUGUGGCGAGUCAAAGCUCGAACAGAACUGAUAUAGUAGGAUUGGCUUCUAAAAAGCUCUUUGAGUUGGAACCGCGGAAUCCAGAGAACUAUGUUCUCCUAUCCAAUUUGUAUGCGUUGAACUCCCAGUGGGACAGAGUGAGGUAUAUGAGGAAAAAGAUGAAGGACAACAAUGUUACUGUCGUUGCUGGCUGUAGUUCAAUUGAAAUAAAUGGCUAUCUGCACAAAUUUGUGGUGAGUGAUGGUUCACACCCUGAAAUAAAGGAGAUAAGAGUGGUACUGAGGGAAAUAGCUGACCAGGUUCUACGAUCUGGCCACAAGCCUUGGACUGCAGCCGUUCUACAUGAUGUUGGUGAAGAGGAAAAAGAAAUUGCACUUUGUGAGCAUAGUGAGAGGCUAGCCAUCGCAUAUGGGUUGCUGAAGACAAAGGCACCUCAUGUCAUUCGGGUGGUAAAGAACUUGAGAUUUUGUCCGGAUUGCCAUGAAGUGACAAAAAUUAUAAGUAAAUCAUAUGGCCGAGAAAUCAUUGUCAGGGACCGUGUACGUUUCCAUAGGUUUAUUGGAGGAAAUUGUUCUUGCAAGGACUUUUGGUGAUUGCUUAACGUACUGAAUCACUGACAUUUGAUUAUCCAAAGCCGGAGAUGUGAUACCUUGAAAAGAAUUUUGUUUAGAAGUGGUGAAAGGGACUUGUGCAGAUACCUGGGGUUCUGAUGUUACUGGAAUAAACUUUAUAUCAUUGAGGUAAAUGUUUUUUUACCAGAACUAGAUGUUGCGUCCUGUCAUCUCCAGUGCUAGUGCAUAGUGUUAUCUAACCAGAAAACAAGCUACAUUAAUGAUAGAGUGGAUGUUGUAUCAACCUAAAAGAAAAGGCGACUGCAUUGCUGUCAUAGCUUUUAUAAAUGUCUCUGUCCAUGCAUUAUCGAAGAUUGGUUGCGUCGCUGAUUACACCAUCUAUACAUAUUGGUCAAUUUUGAAACUACCAUUGGAUGCAUUAGGCAUUUAAAAUGUUUGGUUAAUGUUUACCCGCUUCUUUAUGGUGAGUGAUGGUUCACUCCCUGAAAUCAAGGAGAUAAGAUUGGUGCGGGAGCUGACUGGGUACAGUCUGACCACGAGCCUGAUGUUGGUGAAGAGGAAAAGAAGUUGAGCAUAGUGAAAGAACUUGAGAUUUUGCCCAGAUUGCCCUGAAGUGACAAAAAUAACAAGCAAAUCAUAUGACCAAGAAAUCAUUCUGAGGGGCCGUGUUCGUUCCCAUAGAUUUAUUGGCGAAAGUUUUUUCUUGCUAGGACUUUUGGUGAUUGCGUAACGUACUUAAUCACCUAUAUCUGAUUAUACAAGGCCCUGGGGAUGUGAUGCCUUCAAUGGAAAACUGUUCCAGAAAUGAUGAAAGGGACUUCUCAUAUCACGGGGGUUCCAAUGUUACCGAAACAUAUUUUACAUCGUCGAGGUACUCCUCUUCUCACCAGAAUUCGAUGUUGCGUCCUGUCGUCUGCAUCUCCAGUGCUAGUGCCUUGUAUUAUCUAACUAGAAAACAAGCUACAUUAGUGAUAGACUGGACGUUGUAUCAACCUAAAAGAGAGAGAGAGAGAGAGAGAGAGAGAGAGAGAAGGCGACUGCAUUGCUGUCAUGGCUUGUUUAAAUGUCUCUGUCCAUUGCGUUAAUAAAGGCCGGUUGCGUUACUCAUUACACCAUUUAUAAGUCAAAUCUGGAACUAUCAUUGGAUGCACAUGCACCUAAAUGUUUGAUUAAUGUUUACUUGUUUCUUUAUGUCAAUAUGGCCACUUCAGGGGCACCAUGAUGCUCAGUCCUACACCCUCCACAUGGUGUGCUCCCAGCCCCAGCAGGCAACAGGGGUCCCAAAGGUCCAACACUGUGCAAGAACGGGCUUGUUCGGGCUACCCAAGGUCGGCAUACUGGAACAUGUCGUGUUUGCCAGGCAAAGGUGACCGAGGAACAUGUCGUGUUUGCCAGGCAAAGGUGGCGGAGGAACAUGUCGUGGUCCAAAGCUCUCGUGCCGUCGGUUGACCGGAACUGGAAGCAACGAUCAAAAGUUCGUAACCUUAUUACUUGGCUUUGACGGCACGAUUGAGCUUUUCAUGUCGGCACGAUUGAGCUUCUCAUGUGGAUGGAGACGGUCAGAGAUGACAGCUUGGCGCAGCAAGAGCAGACGAGAACCGAAGCUAAGAUUACUGAAAUGUUGUGUUUUCAUUUUACACUGGGGAAGUGGUUACAUCCACAGAUACAUUGUUACCAUGGGUUACAUACAUCCCUCCAUGUGUUACUUUACUUCAGUCAUUAUCUGAUCCAUGAAGGAAUCGGCUCUUUUUUUGCAGGGCAUGAAGGAAUCAGCUUAACUGAUGUAAUAAUGCCCAAACUCAAAACAGAAAA